GAAGUGUUUAGUCUAUUCCACUAUACAGGCCAACAAGGCAUUUUCUCACAUUUAGAUUAAACAGUAGAAAUUAGGUAACAUGAUCUUUUUAAUGGACCUCCAGAUGAUGAUUCUGGAUGUGAUUUACUUCAUCUUGCGCAAUUCUGUGCGGAUUGUCAUGCGCCCUCGUACUAAACCUAUCGAUGGUGAACUGGUGCUGAUCACAGGUGCAGGUGGUGGCCUGGGUCGACUGUUUGCACAGGAGUUCACCAAACAAGGGGCGGAGGUGGUGCUGUGGGACAUCAACAGCAGUUCCAAUGAGCAGACAGCCAAGCUGGUGCGUGAGAUGGGGGGAAAGGCGUCCACAUACACAGUGGAUGUGACCAACAAGGAAGAUGUUUAUCGCAAUGCAGACCUUGUACGGAAGGACUUGGGCCGGGAUGUUACAAUACUGGUGAACAACGCUGGAGUGGUGGCUGGAGAACGCAUGCUAGACUGUCCAGAUGAGAUGGUGGAGAGGACCAUGAAAGUCAACUGUCAUGCUCUGUUCUGGACAGUGAAGGCCUUCCUUCCCCAGAUGAAAGCCCAGGACCAUGGACACAUUGUGACAAUCGCCAGCGUCCUCGGCCUCUUCAGCACAGCUUGUGUUGAGGAUUACUGUGCCAGUAAGUUUGCUGCAGUGGGUUUCCAUGAGUCUUUGGCCCAUGAGCUGCUGGCUGAGCAGGUUGAAGGUGUGAAGACUACUCUGGUGUGUCCGUAUAUCGUGGAUACAGGCAUGUUUGAAGGCUGCAAAAUCCGGGAGGAAGUAGAACUGUUUCUGCCACCACUGGAGCCCCAGUACUGUGUGGAACAAGCCAUGAACGCCAUCCUGAUAGACCAGCCACUAGUGUGCAUCCCCCGCCUUACAUACCUGCCUUUCCUUUUCAGAGCGUUGUUGCCAUGGGAAUCCAAUGUAGUUGCUUAUCGUUUCAUGGGGUCUGACAAGUGCAUGUACCCCUUCAUUGACACAAUGAAGAAACAGGCAUCCAAUGCUCUCAUAAAGGUCGAAUAGUUAUACUCAAGUUCAACGAAGCAACUUCAGGAAUACCAACCUAUAAAUUUUAAUCAAGUGUCAUUCAAAAGGGUUUAAUGUAUA